AUGUACGAGGCCAGCAGUCGUCUAUUGGGUGCACCUCAUUCCAGGACUGUGAAGUUGCCCAAAUACUGUCAACGUCUUUGUGCUGGUAAAGUCCACAGUUUGGUGCAAAUUAUGUGCGCCGAGAAGAAGAGCGAGUCUAGCCAAAAUAUGGACUCUGUGAAGAAUCAAAUCACACAACACCUAAAAAAGACAUUGACUGUAUUUUCUCAACGCCUUCUUGAGGUGUUGUAUGCGUUGAUUGUUCGUAGAGUCCACAUUUUGGCGCGGAUCAUAAGUGCCGAAGAGAACAGUGAAUCUGAUACCUUGGCCUUGGAAUUGUGA